AUGUCCGUAACUUCUGCAUUGCCUCUUUUGGCUUUAUUGAAAGAAAACGAUAACAGUAUAAAAGCAUAUGCAUUAAAUUCGAUAAAGGAUGUUGUGGACCAGCAAUGGUCUGAGAUAUCAAAUGAGAUUACAGAGAUCGAAGCUUUAUAUGACGAUGCUACAUUUCCUGACCGCAAAUUAGCAGCAAUUGUUGCAUCAAAGGUGUACUAUAAUCUUGGUGAGUACGAACUUGCAGUGAAGUAUGCAUUGGCAGCUGAAGACUAUUUGAAUUUUGAUGAGCAAUCCCAAUAUGUUGAAACUAUUGUAUCUCAUAGUAUUCAAAUGUAUAUUGGACUAGCAUCUCAACAAUAUGAAUCUAGUAAAGACGUUAAAAUUGAUCCUCAUUUGGUAUCAAUCUUCGAAAGAAUGCUCCAAAAGUGUGUUUCUGCUGGGGAAUUCAAACUUGCAUUAGGUAUCGCGUUGGAGAGCUACAGAUUAGAUGUGGUCGAAAAGCUAUUGACAAUGCAGGAUACUUCUGCAAAUGCUCUUAAAUUGUGCUCCUACACGUUGACUGUUUCUACCACGGCACUGACUAACACUCAUUUUAAGAUCAGCGUGUUAAAGAAAUUGUACGAUAUUGUUAUCAACAUGACUUCUCCAGACUACUUUAUCAUUUCUAAAAUAAUAGUACAACUAAACGAGCCAGAGUAUGCCAAGGGGUUGUUUUCAAAGCUUAACGCAACCAAGUCGAAUGAUAUCUCUUACCAAAUUGCUUUCGAUUUGGUAAAUUCAGCAUCUCAAGGGUUAUUGAGAGACCUAUUGGCUUCUUUGGACCCUUCAGUCUACGACCCUAAACUAUUAGAUAUUCUUUCAGGCAUACCGACCUGUGACCUACAAAACACUUUCCUAUUUGAAAACCAAAACAUCGAUAUUGCACUAUUGAACAAGAUGAAGUCAUCAUUGGAUGGUAAGUUUUCUCUUUUCCAUACUGCCGUUAGUGUCUCAAACGCCUUUAUGCAUGCUGGAACAACUGAUGACAGCUUCAUUAGACAAAACUUGCCUUGGUUAGGAAAAGCUCAAAAUUGGGCCAAAUUUACUGCUACUGCUUCCUUAGGUGUUAUCCAUCAAGGGAACUUAUCAGACGGAAGAAAAAUUAUGGAACCUUAUUUACCGGGGAAUGGUUCGAAGUCUAGAUAUAUCAAGGGUGGUUCAUUAUACGGUCUAGGUUUGAUCUUUGCCGGAUAUGGUAAAGAAACUACAGAUUACUUAAAGGAACAAAUCCAAACAAAUAGUUCGUCAGUUGGCGAGGAAGAUGUAGACGUCUUAUUGCAUGGUGCUUGCUUAGGUAUUGGUUUAUCUGGUAUGGGAUCUAAUGACUUAGAUGUUUAUGAAUUGCUAAAGGAGGUUUUGUAUGGUGACUCGGCCAAAUCAGGUGACGCCGCUGCUUUAGCAAUGGGUUUGAUAUUGCUCGGAUCGGGUAACGAAUCUGCCAUCCAAGAUUUGUUAACAUAUGCGGAAGAAACUCAACAUGGGAACAUCACAAGAAGUUUGUCUGUUGCUCUAGCUUUAAUCAACUAUGGAAGAGAAGAAUUAGCAGAUGAUUUAAUCGACAGAUUGUUAGGAAGUGAAAAUGCUCUGCUAAGAUAUGGUGGUGCCUUCACAAUUGCGUUGGCCCAUGCCGGUACAGGGAACAACAAAUCAAUUAAAAAGCUACUUCACAUUGCUGUAUCUGAUUCUGAUGAUGAUGUCAGGAGAGCAGCAGUGACUGCUCUAGGGUUUGUAUUAAUUCGUGAUUAUACAACUGUCCCUAGGAUCGUUGAGCUUUUGUCAGAAUCGCAUAACGCUCAUGUGCGUUGCGGUACAGCAUUUGCAUUAGGUAUAUCAUGCGCGGGUAGAGGAUUGCAAUCUGCAGUCGAUGUCCUUGAACCGCUCUUGAAGGAUCCUGUGGAUUAUGUCCGCCAAGCAGCUAUGAUUGCAACUGCCAUGAUCUUAAUUCAACAAACCGAGAAAACCAAUCCAAAAGUUAAGGCUGUGAAUGAACAAUUCAUCAGCGUUAUCAGUAAUAAACACCAAGAAGGAUUAGCUAAGUUUGGUGCAUGUGUGGCUCAAGGUAUAAUGAAUGCUGGUGGAAGGAACGUUACUAUUGAAUUGGAAAAUACCGAAAUGGGGAGUUUGAACACCAAGGCAAUCAUUGGUCUAACAAUGUUCUCUCAAUUCUGGUAUUGGUUCCCUCUAUCUCACUUACUAUCUCUUUCCUUUACACCAACUACCAUAGUCGGAUUGCGUUCGACAGACUUGGCAAUUCCUAAAUUCUCAUUCAAAUGUCAUACUAAGGAGGGUAUCUUUACAUACCCACCAAUGUUUGAGGAGGAGGUGGAUAAGAAGAUUGAAAAGUUCGCAGCCGCAGUUUUAUCUACCACAACAAAGGCUAAGGCAAGAGCUAAAAAGGGUAAGAAGGCUGAUCAAGAAAAGCAAAAGCAGAAGGAUGCUGAAAAGAAACUGGAAGAGAAACAGGAACAAGAACAAGAAGACAAAAAGAAAGAAGAAAGUCAGCGUACCGAUGAUUAUAAAGUCAAGUAUACAGCAAAUGGUUACGAUAUCCAGAAUUUGAGCCGUGUUGUCCCUCAACAACUUAAAUUCAUAUCAUUCUCUAAGGAUAGCCGUUUUGUUCCAAUCAGAAAGUUCAGAGGAAACUCAGGUGUGAUAAUAAUCGAGGACAAAACACCGGAGGAACCUAUAGAAUUAAUAAAAACAGUCAGACAGGUUAAAGAUGUGUAUGCUCCAUUACCAACACCAUUCAAGGUCGAAGACUCUCUCGAGUUUUAA